AUGGAGUCAAAAUACAACGAGCGCAAGCCGAUUUCCCGCGAGCUUCCCGAAAUGUUCCGACCGCCCAUCAACCGUGCCAUGCGCACACUCGACCGAUCAUUUUUCCGACGAAGCGUGCCCCUCUCCGCCGCGCGGAUUUUCAAAGCUAGCGAUAUUUCGAAGAUCCGGAAGGAGCUGACCAAGAGCAAUGAUGUUUUGUCCGUUCCUCGCCUCAAUGCCAUCCGUCAGGUGGAAGGUCAGGAUGGGUCAUCGCUGAAGGCUUUGUUGUUGCGGGAGGACUUAAAGGCCGAUGACAAGUCAACUUGGUCGCCGACUAUUAAAGAGCUUGUGGAGAAGGGAACUGUGGAUCUGGGACCUUAUGACUUGACAUUGGAUUAUGAUUAUUGGACAUAUCCUGAAAUCAUCCACUCCAUUCUACCCGAGGAUAUGGAUGAAAUCCCCCAAGGCUUCACGCAAGUGGGCCACGUCUUGCACCUCAACCUCCGAGCAAACUAUCUCCCAUAUAAGCAUCUGAUAGCCGAGAUUCUCCUGGACAAGAACCCAACCAUUCGCACCGUGAUCAACAAAACCGAAGACGUCGGCUCGCACAGCCAAUUUCGCACCUUUCCAUUCGAACUACUGGCAGGCGAGAACGACCUAAACGUCAUCCAACACGAGCAAGACUGCGAGUUCCGCUUCGACUACGCCCGUGUCUACUGGAAUAGCCGCCUGGAGACCGAGCACCGCCGACUAGUCGAGAAGUUCCGUCCCAGCGAGAUGGUAUGCGACGUGAUGGCGGGUGUAGGACCCUUCGCCGUGCCAGCAGGCCGGAAGAAGAUCUUCGUCUGGGCCAACGACCUCAACCCGCACGGGUACGAGGUGAUGCAGGAUGCAGUCCAGCGCAACAAGGUGGCAGACUUCGUGACACCGUUCAACGAAGAUGGACGGGAUUUCGUCCGUGCCUCAGGCCGCAGACUCCUCGAAGCAGAGCCUGUCACUGUUACCAUGCACCACAAGAUCCGCAGGGAUAAGAAGCGCAAGAUUGAAGCCGGAGAGGAGGAACAGCUACCCCCGCCGCCAACUUAUACUCGUCCCUCCUUUGUCGACCACUAUGUUAUGAACCUCCCCGCGGAUGCUAUUGAGUUCCUCGAUGCCUUCCCUGGGGUGUACAGCGGCAAGGAUGCUCUCUUUGCGCCUCACACUGAGCAAAAAUUGCCCAUGGUCCAUGUCUACUGUUUCUCUGGGAACUCUGAUAACGAGGUGGAUGACCAUAUCGAUAUCUGUCAGAGAAUCUCUGAGCGUAUUGGGUACAAGAUUACCGUUGAUGACUGUGUUGGAGGUAGUGGUGACCAGGAGGUGGAGCUUGCCAUUCAUAAUGUGAGGCUCGUCAGUCCCAAGAAGCAGAUGUUCUGCGCUAGCUUCCGCCUGCCGAGGGAGGUGGCUUUCCGCAAGGUAUAA